AUGGAUUUUGAACCUUUACUGUUUUUAUUUACGGUUUAUAGCACGUCAGCUCUCGGUCAAUUAGUGGGUUUCCAAAAAGUUGCUGGCAGUGAAUACGAAGGAAAUGGAGAACCAGAUUUGAAAUUGUUUUGGCGAAGAUUUCCGGAUCGUAGAUUUCUCAACGAGUUACUGGCGAAUGGCGCCGGUCCCAGUGGACCUCGUCUGCUCGGUUGGGGUUCAUUUGGCCGAAAUCCAUCACUUCUUGGUGGAGGGACAUUUGGUCUUGGUGCAACGGAAUUUUAUCCAACAGCCGAUACAUUGAUUUCUGGAAGCCAUUAUCCAACUGAUGCUGCUCUGAAUACAUUAGCAGAAGAUAUCAAAGCGCAGGCAAAGAAACGUGAUCAGUACCAUCGUCGGCGAAUGUUCGAUCCGGAUGCACCAAUCGAUUACAUCAACGAACGCAAUCGUAAAUUCAACCAGAAGCUGGAUCGUUUCUAUGACAAAUAUACGGAAGACCUGAAAAGUGAUCUGGAAAGAGGAACUGCUAUUUAA